AUGCCCGUCACCGAGUUCGCCGUCUUCACCCUCCGCGACAGCUACGACCCCAUCGAGCUGCUCGAGGUCGUCAUGGAGUGCCAGGAGGUGCAGGACGACUGGGUCCGCGCCAACCACCCCAACGACUGCGCCAAGCGCGCCUGCGUGAGCCGCAUGUACACAGACACCACCUUGUCCCCCGACCGGGUCGCCAUCACCGCGCCGUGGCAGUCGCCCGCCGCCCACCACGAAUGGAUCGACACCGCCGCCAACCGCGGCAUCAUGGCCCGUUUCGCCGCCUUCCUCCCCGGCGGCGCCGUCCCCGACCACCACUGCGACGACGCCGGUGCCGCCGCUUCCCCCCACCCCGGCUUCCUCUUCUUCCACAUGGACACCGCCGGCCGCCGGGCCGUCCUCCACCAGGCCUUCUCCUCGAAGGAGGCCCUCGUCGUCACCCGCCUCGCCGCGCAGGGGGGCGGCGCCGGCGGCCGCGAGCAGCUGCAGGCCGCCUACCGUCAGCUCGAGGAGGCGCUGGUCGCGGAGGACCCAAAGGAUAGGGUCUGGGCCGGGUGGCGCAUCGAGAAGGAAAAGGACCAAGAGGAGCUUGUCGUAUUUCGCAACGCCGACCUCGACGCCAACAGGCUAGCGCCGCUCCAGCAGCACGGCAAGCCCAUAGGCCGCGAGCUGCACUUGCGCGAGAUAGCCCCGUGA